CGCGUGCACCCUAAUCCCCCGCCUUCCGGCUCCGGCGGCGACGCUCGCCCCUCGCCGCCGCUGCCGCUGCCGCGCCACCGGUGUCAGCUUCCCUCUAGAGACUCCAUUUGCUUUCAGGGCAGUCUGGCCGCCGCGCUGUCUGGCGGAGAGCGAUGCCCCCGGCCCGCUGACUGGAGUCCCUUGGGCCAAGCGCUCGCUCGCUCGCUGCGGCGGUGACAUCCUGGUCGCCGGCGUCCACGGAGGAAUCCGGGCUCCCUCCGCGUGAGCAAAGACGUCCCGCGCUCCGGAGCUCGCCCUGCGGGGAGAGGCCCUCGCUAACACGGCUUGUCUCUGACCUCUUAAUUUCAGGAGGUUUCGGAGGCACCGAGUGCUUAUACAGAUCCCCACAGGAACUACUGUUGGCCCAUCGAGGAUCAUCUUUCACCAGGAUUAUUUUAACAUCUUCACUGAGCCUUUCACCUCAUACCCUCUACCAUGAGUUCUGAUUUCUACCAGUGAAGUUUUUAAUGCUUUCUUUAAUCAUGUGACACCACCUCUUGUCCACCUUUUGCCUUUCCAGUUGCCAAAUACAUUAGGUAUAAGUUUGUGUCAUGUUAAAGUACAAAGUUUUCUGCUUGUCCAUUUUCACCUUAUUUGCACUGCUCACUUCUGUCCAGCUUGCUUUACCUCGCUUGCCUAUGAUUUUCAUAUCCACUCACUUGAAUAAUCUCUAGCAGACUUGCCUAGAAGAGGCAGUAUUCCAUACACUGCCUGACAAAGACAAAGGUCAAGGGAUGAGUUUUCCCGUUAUUUUUUUCCUAUAUGUCAUGUCUACAAGUCCUCUCUUAAACUAUUCUCUAGCACAUUUCCCAAAAUUGUCCCACCGGAGUCUUAGUUCCCUUAGCAAAGAAUCUCACAUGUAAUGAUGGCAAGAAUUGAAUACACAAUAGGACUGUUUUAGACACCUUGCUGGUACAGGAUUAGUUGCAAUCUUGAGAGUGCAGUACAGGAAAAGACCUUAAACUAAGUGGGGAGGAAGAAAGAAGAUAGGUUUAAUUAAAGCUAGUCCUUGUUGAAAGAACUUUGUUGGCUUUAAAACAACAAAGUGAAGAGAGUCACAUAGGCCUGGCUUGGAAAUUGGCCGGCACACCAUCCACCUAGGUCCAGGGGGGACGGGGAAGGGAUCUUAAAACCCCAUUUUCUAAUGUCAUUGUAUCCAAAUCUAAGUUGUUAAAUAUCUUGUUCCAGUAAUUGCUUAAAAUAUUAGACACGUAAAAUGUUGGGGAAACGUAAGCGUGUGGUGUUGACAAUUAAGGACAAGCUUGACAUUAUUAAGAAACUUGAGGAAGGCAUCUCUUUCAAAAAGCUUUCUGUGGUAUAUGGAAUUGGUGAAUCCACAGUUCGUGAUAUUAAAAAGAACAAAGAAAGGAUAAUAAACUAUGCGAACAGUUCAGAUCCUACAAGUGGGGUAUCCAAACGUAAAUCAAUGAAGUCAUCAACAUAUGAGGAACUGGAUAGGGUUAUGAUAGAGUGGUUUAACCAACAGAAAACAGAUGGGAUUCCAGUGUCUGGAACAAUUUGUGCAAAACAGGCCAAAUUCUUUUUUGAUGCUCUGGGGAUGGAAGGUGAUUUUAAUGCGUCAUCUGGCUGGCUAACUCGGUUUAAGCAGCGCCACGGUAUUCCAAAGGCUACUGGUAAAGGAACAAAGUUAAAAGGAGAUGAAACUGCUGCCAGUGAAUUUUGCGGUAACUUUCAGGAAUUUGUUGAGAGGGAGAAUCUACAACCAGAGCAAAUUUAUGGUGCUGAUCAAACUGGAUUGUUCUGGAAAUGUCUACCAUCAAGGACAUUAGCUCUUGAAACUGAGCAAAAUACUUCUGGUUAUAGGUCAAGCAGAGAGAGAAUCAUUAUUAUGUGUUGUGCAAAUGCCACUGGUUUACACAAACUUAAUCUUUGUGUUGUGGGAAAAGCAAAAAAACCCCGUGCAUUCAAAGGAGCUGACCUUUCAAACCUUCCUGUCACUUAUUUCAGUCAAAAAAGUGCAUGGAUAGAACAUUCUGUUUUCAGACAGUGGUUUGAAAAAUACUUUGUGCCACAGGUGCAGAAGCAUUUGAAGUCUCAGGGGCUUCUAGAAAAAGCAGUGCUUCUUUUGGAUUUUCCCCCAGCACAUCCAAAUGAAGAAUUAUUGAGUUCAGAUGAUGGCAGAAUAAUUGUGAAAUAUUUGCCACCAAAUGUCACAAGUCUAAUUCAACCUAUGAGUCAGGGAGUUCUAGCCACGGUAAAAAGAUACUACCGAGCAGGACUUCUCCAGAAAUACAUGGGUGAGGGAGUUGACCCAAAAAUGUUUUGGAAGAACUUGACAGUGUUGGAUGCAAUAUAUGAAGUAUCAAGAGCUUGGAACAUGGUAAAAUCAAGUACCAUAACCAAAGCGUGGAAAAAACUUUUCCCUAGCAAUGAAGAGAAUGCAGGCAUGAACAUUGAUGAAGGAGCCAUUUUAGCAGCUAACUUAGCAACGGUUUUACAGAAUACAGAAGACUGUGAACAUGUUGACAUUGAGAAUAUCGAUCAGUGGUUUGACUCUCGGAGUAAUGACUCAAGCUGUCAGGUGCUAACUGACAGUGAAGGUGCUGAGGACCAGGCCAAGCCUGCAGAACAAAAGCAUUCCAAUAAGACUAGAAAAGCAGAUCUGAAUCCAGAGAAGCAUAUUAGCCAUAAAGCUGCACUUGAAUGGACCGAGAAUUUAUUGGAUUAUCUAGAACAACAAGAUGACAUGCUUCUGUCUGAUAAACUGGUAUUACGGAGGCUUCGAACAAUAAUAAGAAGAAAACAGAAAAUCCAAAAUAACAAAAAUCAUUAAUAAUAUCUUAAGUGUAUUUGUAUCUUUGUGACUUUAUCUGCAGUGGAACUUCAUUAUCUUGUUUGAAGUGCUGUGGAUUUCAAGGCUAAAUGCAUUUUAUAAAUGAUUUUAGGAUUAGACACCAUUUUGGAUUACUUAAAUUACUGCUCUUUAAUGUUGAUUCUAGUAAGUGAGCAUUGCCAUGUAACUUGUUUGUUUACUGUUUCUAAUCUGUAUUAUACUAGUUAGAUCAUAAGAUACCUGAGGCCAGGGAUCUUGUGUCUGUUUUGUGCCUGAAUUUCAUUGUGUCUAAUAGACGACCAUGCACACUCUAGGCAAUCAAUAAAUCUUACUUAAAUUGAAUUUUUAUUACUUUCUCUGAACUUCAGUUUCCAAAUGAAAUAUGUUGGGGGUAAGUUUCCUUUUCUAUGAUGUUUUCAUCUG